UAUCUGGAUAUGCAUAUCUACUUGAAACUGCAUCUUUAAGAUUUAAACUAACCUAAUUUUUGACCCUACAUUCUCUCGUCUAAUUACUAUUUUAAUAUAGCAAGAAUGUUAGGUUAGAUUAGAUUAAUUUAUUGGUUCUGAAUAUUUGACAGUUGUUUUUACUGCAAAUAAUACAAUUAAAUAUAUAAAAAUGUUGUUAAGGCGUGGAUUAGAAGCGAAUUUUACGCAUGGUUUGCCGAAAACAUUAAGAUCUUUUGCAGCUUAUUCAAGCACAUCGGAACAAUUUCGAGUAUUGCAACUUUAUCCACAGAAAAAACAAGUUGCAAAGGAGAAACAAAAGGUGCAACAUAUAAAUAUUCCACCACCAAGAACGACAGAGAUGCCCGUUGAUCAGGAUUGGCCAUCAGUCUGGCCAGGCGCGCGAACGUUCCAUCCUGCCUCUGUACCUCUUCCUUUACGCCAAGGAUAUAAGGAAAAGGGCGCACCGCCUAAUAAAUAUACCAAUGCAGAACUCAUGAAAAUACCUAAUUUCUUGCAUCUUACCCCACCAGCGAUACAAAGGCACUGUGAAGCAUUGAAACAGUUUUGUACAGAGUGGCCUGCUGGUUUGGAAACUGAAGAAAAAUGUGUGAAACAUUUUCCCAUUGAGAUCAUUACAUCUGAUUACUGCUAUUCUUCACCUACAAUAAGAGAUCCACUUGCAAGAAUUGUAAGUUUACGAGUAAGGCUAUCUUCUCUUCAUUUGGAUACUCAUGCUAAGGAUAAAUUAUUGCGAUUACUGGGAAACAAAUAUAAUCCAGAAACAGAUAUAAUAACGAUUACAGCUGAUAGAUGUCCAACCAAAAAGCAAAAUUUAGAAUAUGCACAGUAUCUUCUUACAGCAGUAUAUCAUGAAUCUUGGAGAGUGGAGGCAUGGGAAGCUGAGAAAUCUAUGGCAGACAUGGAAUAUUUUGAUUGGGAUACUAGUCAGAGUCGUACGAACCUAAUAACUCUAUACAAAUGGCCAGAAUCUCCAACCGAUUACAAUUACGAUGCCAUUCCGCACGCAACGGAAUAUAAAAUUGCCGUUUCAGAUCUUAUAAAUAAUGGUGAAGAUCAAUAUGCGGUCAAUAAAUACAAAGAAGCUGUUAAAAAUUUGUUGAAUCUUAAAUGUGACAAUAAAAGCUAAAUCUUAAAUAGCAAAUAAAAUUCUAUCAAAAAAA